AUGACAUCCGCAUUUCUACCAUUACUCCAAAACGGGUCUGAGCAGGAGAAAGGCUUCUCUAGUACAGUAAUCAACACCACUUCUAUCUCUGGUAUUGUCAAGGUUUCUCAGCAUCAUUUUGCGUAUAACGCUUCCAAAGCUGCUGCUAUUCAUUUGACCAAGAUGAUAGCACAUGAAACUAUGACUUCAAAGUUGCGGAUCAGAGUGAACAACAUUGCUCCUGGUGUUCUCCCAAGUGAGAUGACAGCAGGAGAGGGAUCUUUGUAA